UGGUUUAACAGCUGGAAAAAUAUAUAUUUUUUUGUGAGAAACAGGAAGUAACAGCAACGUUUCUUAAAGUUUAGUCUUUAAGAAUUUGACUUUGUAUUAAUGCACACUAACACUGAACACUUCGCAUUUACUAUUUACUUAUAGUACUGAGCAUUAAAAUCUCUGAUGCAAAUUCAAUUUUCGUUCGUUUUAGAAAUUUGAUUAAAAAAUGUAAAUUUUUGUUAUUUUUGUGAUUCUGUGAUUGGGACAACAAACAUGACCUUGUCACGUGCCAUCCUUGCCCCGACAAAUUUUGGUUUUGUGAUUGCCAAUGACCGAGUUCCGCUUUAAAAUAAUUUCAGGACGUGUCUCAGCUUCCCCAGUAGUUCUGCGUAUUUGAAAAUAUGCUUAAUUUUAGAACAAUACAGUCUGAAAUGUGCUUUGUGAGCACACCACCUGGCCAAGUAAUUGUCAAAAAUUUCCUCGGGUCUUUAUUUAGACUCGCUUCAGCAAAAAUAAAAAUUCAAGUUCACCAAAUCCUGAAAAUCACCUGAAAUCCCACUCGGCUCCGAUGACUGAUCCACGCCCAUUCAUCAAUCUAUUAUAACAACAGUUUUUCGCUUAUGAAUGAACCGAUUGAACCGGCUAAAAAUAUGAUAGUUCUCGUUUCACAUACUUGUGCGUCGUCGACGUCGCGACGUUUCAGGCCGGCUGAAAAUAUAUAAGGAUGGAAUGUAGUGUUUACACAAAUAUUUGGCGAUGGAAUGUCGCUUUUCAGGCGCGCAUGUCCGCUUUAUUUUGAUUCGGUUUAAAACCUCAGGUAAUCGCGGGAUUCUAUGACUCAGUUUGUUUGGCAGCGGUUCAGUGGUUUGUUUCGAAAAGAACACUUUCACUCAAAAAUUUUGAAUUUUUCACCGAGGAAUGGAAAUCGAACAGACCUUCCAGGAUUUUAAGGAUAACGCAGUCCAGGAAAUCUUCACGGACUGCAUGAGUGUCGAGAUCAAUUCAAGAUCGCAGUCGAUGAUGUUGUUACUCCCUGGUGCCAUUUCGGAAUUGACCGACAAUUUAGUCCUGACUUCGGCUUCAUCUGUCAACACUAAUGUCCUUGAUGCACUCAAUAUCACUUGCGUUAUAAAUGUGGCGCCUGAAUUGCCGGACACGCCACUGCACAGAAGCGACAUCAUUUAUCACAAGAUUCCUCUUUUGGAUUCGGGGAAUUCCAGGAUUUACACGCAUUUUGAUGAAGCUGCCGACUUGAUACACAAAGUUGCUAAUUCAGGGGGAAAAACUUUGAUUUAUUGUGUUGCUGGUGUCAGUAGAUCGGCAAGUAUUUGCUUGGCCUAUCUCAUGAAACAUCAAGGAUUAACACUUUUGGAAGCCUACAACUAUGUCAAGUUAAGGAGACCUAAAAUUAAGCCAAACUGCGGAUUUUUCAAGCAACUGAUAGAAUAUGAAAAGGACAUUUUUGGGGAUAAUACCGUCAGGAUGAUUUUCAAUGAGUUCGUCCAAAUGGAGAUACCGGACAUCUACGACUGCGACUACCAGUUUGUCAGUCAUUUCAGCAAGAAGAAACGAAACCAAAGAUAUUAAGUUUUGGUUGAUUAUUCCAGAGUGCAUUUUACCACAGAAAACGACAUCAUAUUGAUGUCGGAUUGUAACUAAAUUACGAAGGUGUUUUAUUAAUUGAACAAAUAUUAGGUACGAGAUUAAUUCAGAUACCAUCUGCUGGUGUUUGCAAGUGUUUAACAUACUGAAACUGUAAUUUAUUUGUAUCUUUAUUGUGUCUGGAUUAAUCUAAUUACAUAACAAUGUUUGUAACAACAUGACUUAUUUUGUUUUUUUUGUACUGAUAAUUUAUAAGGGACCAAGUUUAUUUAUCGUGUUUUAUGUACAUAGUUUUUAUUUAAUAAAAAACUGAUUCAAGUUCUCAAAAU